CGCCGGAGCCUCCGUGGAGUCUGUAGUUCACGAGCGGCAAAUUGACUCGCUCUGCUGCAUGUCUGGAGGGGCCGAGGAAAGUGUGGAGAAGCCCCGGGGAUUAAGCGAUCGCAGUUGGAAAAGGAAAAAAACCAAACAAACAAACACCACCCACCCACCCUAACAAGCAUGGGGCUGCUGGAGAGGCUGAGGAAAGACUGGUUCAUGGUCGGCAUAGUGGUGGUCAUCGCGGGAGCUAAGCUGGAGCCGGCCGUGGGGGUGAACGCGGGACCAUUGAAGCCAGAGAUAACUGUAACCUACAUUGCGGUUGCAAUAAUAUUCUUUAACAGUGGACUGUCAUUAAAAACAGAGAUUGCAGACGGUAGGCUGCAUGCCUCCCCCUGUGUCUUCUGCAGUGAUUUUAACCAAGGCAGUUGGUGGGAAUGAGGCAGCUGCAAUAUUUAAUUCAGCCUUUGGAAGUUUUUUGGGCAUCAUUGUAACACCCCUGCUACUGCUGCUGUUU